UGAAGUCUGCUUCCAUGAGUCGGCGGGAUAGAUUUUGUGUUCGUAGCCUCAAACCAUCCGUGGCUGCUCUAGAAGGAGAGAACAGCACAGAACUAUUAGGCCUUUCGGUUCGCAAAAAAGAAAGUGGAGACGAAGAUGCAAAAAGGACACAAGAGAACUCCGGUUGGUAAAUGGAGGUGAAUGCGCCGAAGACGAUCACCAUAGACAUAGCAUUCAGUUCAACAAGAUUUUUUCUCGAUGAAACUGUCAUGCCAUUAUCCUGCAUCUAAAAUCAAGUAGUGAAAAUAUGUUCAUCAACUGAAGUUUUUUUUGGUUGGCUUCAUCUUGGUAGAUUCGUAUUUCAAGAAAGCUCAAGUUGUUUUUCAACUAAGACCUGACUAACAAGACAAGAUGGACGCCGCGUAUGCAACUGUGCCUCGAAAGACGAUGAUGCAGAUAGCAGAGACUGGACAAAUAGGAGAUAAGGUUGUUAUCUGUGGUGAGGUCAUGGAAGUAGGGCCUUCCUCUCUCAAAGUGACGACUUUUGAAGACACGGUAUGCGAUUUUACCGUCGCUAGCUCGGACACUGUGGAGGGAAUAACGAAGGGGAGCAUAGUAGAGGCAACAGUGACGAUCGGGAAGGGACUCGACGAUGGUAAGGAGACUACCUAGUCCUUUUCGGGUUAUUGACUCGUAGUACACUCUUAGAAUGAUCAGUCUGCAUUAUAUCUUCGUUCGUCUAAGGUUAUCUCACCCGCGAAACUGUAACUUAAUUAUGGUUACGUAAGAAGAAAAAGACCACUCCAUUCAUCACUCUCAAGCGCCUCAAAAAUCCAAACCUUCUCCACCCCUCAGGUAUCGUAGACGGCAGUCUCGAGAGUGUGGCGACUUUGUCGAAAACGAAAGACGGAUGUAGUCUCAAGCUGAUGCAAGACGCGACUAUUCUGAGGCAUAAAGUAACGAAAUUUCCCGAAUUCAAAGAUAUCUUUUGAACACGGAAGAGAACUAUCCAGAUGAGGUGAAUGCCCUUAUACCAGUAUGCGUGACGUGAUACCCUUCCCGACUCACAACUGUCUCGUUUUGAACAACGAAGAGAUUGAUGCACGAAGUUGUCGCAUAAAUGUAAACCCCCAACAAGAAAAACAUGUUCAUCGAGAUGAAGAUGCCUCAGGCUAAGAAGCGCAGCACUUGCAUCUUCCUCGUAGGAAUUACACCACAUGCUGAUUACAUGUUUCAGUACUUAGCUAUGUCUGUGGCUGUCUGAAGAGAGAUUGAUGACUACAAAGAAUGCCC